AUGUUAAAUUUAAAACCACUGCCACUUGAUGCAUGGAUCUCCCCUGACUUAUACAGCUGUGAGAAUCUUGACGAAGACUCUCUUCUUGUCUUUCUUUCUUUCCUGCAGGACGCAGGUCGGCCACUGCCAAAAUUUGGUGAAUGGGAUGUCAAUGAUCCUGCAUCAGCUGAGGGAUUUACUGUGAUAUUUAACAAGGCAAGGGAUGAGAAGAAGACAGGUGGCAAACCGGAGUCACCAGAAAAGGUUGUUGAUUCUCAUGUCAAGCCUGGAGUAAAUCCUGCCAAACCUCAGACUAAAAAAUGGUUUUGCUGUAUCCAAAGUCCGCAUGUGGAGUCUUGA